GCUCGCUCUGGCUCUCCUGCGUCGAACGACGACGAGCGGACGGUGAAGGACGAAAAGGCGGCAACUUCAAUGGAUGUGGAGAAGGGGCAGGUGAAGCAGGAGGAAGAUUUGCCGUUGCUGAGUUACGAUAAUCCUCCAAAAUGGCUCCGAGUGCCCUUCGUGCCAGUGGCGGCAGCGCCAGCAACGAACACGCUGGAAACGGCCCCGCUGAUCCCUGAAGCAACCGCCGGGUGGUUCAGCUGGUUGACCUUCGGAUGGAUAACCCAUCUCCUUGCUGUGGGAUACGCUCGGCCGCUGGAAGCACCUGACUUGUACAAGCUUCAGGAUGACCGGUCCGCUGCCCUCAUUGCCGAUAAGAUUCUCAAGUCUUUCGACAGGCGGAGAGAAGAAGCGGAGAGGUAUAAUGUCCGCCUGGCGUCGGGAGAGCUCAAGCCUGGUUUGGCCAGGACAGUCUGGUGGACGCUGAGAGGAAACAGGAAGGAGAAGGAGCGAAGAUGGCGAGAAAAGGAUGGGCGGAAGAAGGCCAGUCUCGUUUGGGCCAUGAACGACAGCGUAAAGUGGUGGUUUUGGUCUGGCGGCAUCCUGAAGGUUAUCUCCGAUACCGCGCAGAUUACCAGCCCGCUGAUCGUCAAGGCCAUCAUCAACUUCGGCGCAGAAUCAUAUGCAGCGCACCGCUCAGGCGAACGAGCGCCCGGAAUCGGGCAGGGCAUAGGCCUCGCGAUCGGCCUGCUGCUCCUCCAGCUCCUCGCGUCGCUCUGCACGCACCACUUCUUCUACCGCUCGACGUCGACGGGCGUGCUGCUCCGCGGCGGCCUCAUCACCGCGAUCUACUCGCGCUCGCUAAAGCUGACGAACCGCGCGCGCGGCACGCUCACGAACGGCAAGCUCGUCAACCACAUCUCCACGGACGUUUCGCGCAUCGACUUCUGCGCGGGCUUCUUCCACAUGGGCUGGUCCGCGCCGAUCCAGAUGAUUAUUUGUUUAAUCCUGCUGCUGAAGAACUUGGGGCCGAGCGCUCUCGCGGGCUACGGGUUCUUCGUGCUCGCGACGCCGCUGCAGACGUGGGUCAUGAAGAAGCUGUUUACCAUCCGGAAGCGGAGUAUGGUCUGGACGGACAAACGCGCAAAGUUGCUGCAAGAGCUACUGGGCGGGAUUAAGAUCAUUAAAUACUUUGCAUGGGAGACGCCCUUUUUGAAGCGUCUAGCUGACUACCGGACUAAGGAGAUGGCCUACGUGCGAUCGUUGCUACUCAUCCGUAGCGCGAAUAACGCCAUAGCGAUGUCCCUCCCUGUCCUAGCUUCGGUUCUGUCUUUCGUCACCUAUUCCCUAUCUGGGCAUCAACUCAAUGCUGCUGACAUCUUUGCUUCGCUGACGCUAUUCCAAUUACUCAGGAUGCCACUCAUGUUCUUACCGGUGGCGUUCAGCGCGAUCACGGAUGCUAUGAAUGCAACCGGACGUAUCUACGACGUAUUCGAAGCCGAGACACUCACUGAUACUAAGGUGGUCGAGGACGACCUGCCCUACGCGAUCGAAGUUGAGGAUGCGUCCUUCACUUGGGACGCUCCGCCCGAAGCUGUCUCUGACGAAAAAGCGAAGAAGGGUAAGAAAGGCAAGAGUACCGCGCCAACAGCAGUGGUAGACAAGGGCGAAAUCUUCCAGCUCAAAGGUAUUAACAUGACAGUGGAACGCGGCAAACUCGUCGCGAUUGUCGGGCCCGUAGGUACUGGCAAGACGUCCCUUCUGGAGGGCCUCAUCGGUGAGAUGAGAAGGACCAGCGGGACCGUCAAGUUCGGCGGGACGGUUGGAUACUGUCCGCAGAGCGCGUGGAUCCAGAACGCGACUAUCCGCGAGAACAUCUGCUUUGGACGGCCAUUUGACGAACAGCGUUAUUGGAAGGCUGUACGCGACUCGUGUCUCGAACCCGACCUGGACAUGCUGCCCUUCGGCGACAUGACCGAGGUCGGCGAGAAGGGUAUCUCACUUUCGGGCGGGCAAAAGCAACGGAUCAAUAUUUGUCGGGCCAUCUACUGCGAUACUGACAUCCAGAUCUUCGACGACCCGUUGUCUGCAUUAGAUGCGCACGUUGGCAAAGCAGUGUUCCAAAACGUUUUGAAAAACGCUCCCCCUGGCAAGACCCGGUUGCUCGUCACUCAUGCCCUGCACUUCCUUCCUCAAGUGGAUUAUAUUUACACGAUGCUCGAUGGUCGCGUCGCCGAGUGGGGCACCUACGAUGAGCUCAUUGCAAAUGAUAGUGCCUUUGCCAAGUUCAUCCGAGAUUUUGGUACCAAAGAGGAGAACCAAUUGAAAGAGGAAGAACCGGUCGAGGCUGAGGAAGAGGAAGACGAGGCCAAGGCGGCGGAGAAGAAGAAAAAGUCGGCUGCUGCGAAGACGAUGAUGCAGGCGGAGGAGAGGAACACUGGCAGUAUCAGCUCUUCCGUUUACAAAUCGUAUAUGAAGGCCGGACGAGGAGCAAUCGUCCUUCCCGCCCUCUUUGCGUCUCUGGUGCUCAUCCAGUGCGCGACGGUACUGUCAUCAUACUGGCUUGUCUGGUGGCAGGAUAUGACAUUCAACCGACCACAAGGGUUUUACAUGGGCAUCUAUGCCGCGCUGGGUGUAUCCCAAGCCAUAUCUUUCUUCUUCAUGGGCAGCAUGUUUGCCUACCUCACAUAUUUCGCUUCGAGGCAACUGCAUCGCGCCGCGAUCAAUCGUGUCAUGCAUGCUCCCAUGUCAUUCUUUGAGACCACGCCCCUGGGAAGAAUCAUGAACCGCUUUUCAAAGGAUAUCGAUACCAUUGAUAAUAUGCUGGGAGAUGCGCUACGGAUGUUCAUGAACACGUUCUGCUCUAUUAUUGGCGCUAUCAUUUUGAUAUCCAUCAUCUUGCCCUGGUUCCUCAUCGCUGUCUUCUCCAUUCUACUGCUUUACUUCUACGCUGCUCUCUUCUACCGGUCGAGUGCUCGCGAACUUAAGCGACUCGACGCCAUCCUACGAUCGUCGUUAUACUCUCACUUUUCCGAGUCUCUGUCAGGGUUAGCCACGAUUCGUGCUUAUGGCGAGACGGAGAGAUUCCGACUCGACAACGAAAAGCGUGUUGAUAUAGAGAACCGGGCAUAUUGGUUGACAGUGACGAAUCAGAGAUGGCUAGGAAUCCGCUUAGAUUUCCUGGGGAUUCUCCUCACAUUUGUCGUCGCACUGCUCACCGUCGGGACAAGAUUCACCAUAUCACCCGCCCAAACUGGCGUCACCUUAUCUUACAUUAUCUCCGUGCAACAGGCAUUCGGAUGGAUGGUGCGACAAAGCGCGGAGGUGGAGAACGAUAUGAACUCUGUGGAGCGUGUCGUGCACUAUGCGGACGAGAUAGAGCAGGAGGCGCCCCAUGAGAUUCCGGACCAUGCACCCCCUCCCCACUGGCCGUUCGAGGGGCACGUGGAGAUCAAGGACAUGGUUCUCAAGUACAGGCCCGAACUGCCGCCGGUUUUGAGGGGAAUCACAGCGGACAUACGUGGGGGUGAGAAGAUUGGUAUCGUCGGCCGAACUGGUGCGGGGAAAUCAAGUAUAAUGACCGCGCUGUACCGCCUGGUGGAAUUGUCGUCAGGGUCCAUCGUGAUCGACGGCGUUGACAUCUCCACCGUCGGCCUGCGUGAUCUCCGUAGCAAUCUCGCGAUCAUCCCUCAGGAUCCUUUACUCUUUUCGGGCACGUUCCGCAGCAAUCUGGAUCCGUUCGGACUGCACGACGAUGCUCGGCUUUGGGACGCGCUGAAGCGCGCCUACUUGGUUGAGGACCGCAAGCAGACAUCCUUUGAUGGUCCGGACGGUCCGGAGGGUGCGCAGACGCCUGUGAACCGGUUCACGUUGGACAGUCCUAUUGAGGAUGAAGGGUGUAACCUAUCGAUCGGACAACGGUCCUUGGUGUCGUUGGCUCGAGCACUGGUCAAAGACACGAAAAUCCUUAUUUUAGAUGAAGCAACAGCGUCGGUUGACUACGAGACUGACCAGAAAAUUCAAUACACGAUCGCCCACGAGUUCCGCGACCGCACGAUCCUCUGCAUCGCCCAUCGCCUGCGUACCAUCAUCGGGUACGAUCGAAUAUGCGUACUGGACGCGGGGCAGAUCGCGGAGUUCGACACGCCGGCGAACUUGUAUCAGCGGGCGGACGGUAUCUUCCGCUCGAUGUGUGAGCGCUCGACGAUCACGCUGGAGGAUAUCCAGCGCGCGGCGAAGGAGAGGGAGGCGGGGCCGGCAUAGACUGUUUUGUAUCACGCACUAACGAAUAACAUAGACACGUUUGUAUUUUGCAUGUUUUGUAGCGUCAGCUUGGUAGAGUAGCCAGGGGUAAUGAAAGUAAUGAUGGGG